CCGGCAUUCGCGAGUCGUCUAUCCUCCGCUACGUAACGGAGGCCAGUGUGACCCUUUUGGGGUCGUCGCAAAUAACCAUUUUCACAACAUAUUCAGGGGCUGUGAGACAACAGGGUUGACGUAUGGAGGCUGUGAAUGGCGUGUCCGAGGGGGACAAGGGGGGACCGCCUCCCCCCAGCCCCCUCACUGGGUGUUACCUCCUGAUCGUCAUCGGUGAACCGCACUCCUCUGACCAUAAGGACAUCAUCCUCCAGAGAGUGGCCAAAGGGUUGCUAUCUUGGGAUGUAAACGACUGUCUCGUUGAUCUUGAAAAGGAAUUAGCCAUAAUAACAGAGCAGGCUCUAGAAGGAGAGGAAGCAAGAUAUGGGGAACGACUCAUCCAAUUCGCAUCGGAAAAUUUGGUGACUGAAAUUCUGAUCCAUCCGGUGGUAAGCACGUUGGCCCAGUGCGUGAGGAAUUUGCUGAGCAGUUUUACUCGACACCGUCACAUCAUCCAUGCAGGAUACACGUUCGCCGCGAACGGAUCCUGGGCCCUUCAAGAUGGAACAUUUUCAUUGGCCGAUUUUUCGGAAGCGUUCCAAGAGAUAGAAGUGCAACGUGUCAUUCGUGCAUACGAAAAUGGCAUAUCAUUGGAUCUGCACUGCUCACCUGAAGGAGACUGGAAUCGUCUCUCUAAAGAACCAUUCGCUAGAAGCUGUAAAUUGCGAGUCAAUCCCAACGAUGUACUAAACGCCGGUUCACCCGCAAUUACCAGUUUCAUGUCCUACAUCUCACCAUUUCUUGUGCCCACUUCGUUGGAAAAUCUAUUGGAAAGUUCCGACGUGGUAGGCAACAUCAGAUUCUCCAGACCAACGUUGUAUGUCUUUCCUGGAGGACAGGGUGAUGCCGCACUCUUUGGUAUCAACGGAUUUAACAUGUUGUUGGAUGGAGGAUAUUCCAGAAAGGCCUGCUUCUGGGAUUUCGUGAGGCAUCUUGAUCGAUUGGAUGCAGUACUAAUGACGAGGUUGAACAAUGGGAAUGUAAAUGGGCUUAGCGCUGUACUUAAAAGAAAGAAACAGGAUGCCGUCUACCCUCAAAUUGGCCAUUUCUUUUGCAACAUAAUAGAAAGAAAAACAAUAAUGAGUCCGGACGGUGACAAAGACAAGGAUCCGCUACUAAUAAAUUUGAUUGACGAGGGACAGGAAAUCAUAUCCAAUUUACGUCAUCUCAGUCUAAAUCCUCAGGUUUGCUAUCGUGAUUCCGAGCCCAUAAAUUUGUACCAUAAAGUAGGUCAUGGUACAUUAGAUAUGUACGUACUCAGUCCUGCCAAAGAUUCCAAAGAAGUAAGGGAGUUCCUCAUGAAGUGGAACCACAGUGACCAAAAAUUGUUUGCCAAUCAGAAACAUGGCCGUGAAUUUACUUUUCCCAUCCAAAAUUUAGUAUCUAUUUGCGCACUUUUAGUAUGGCAACCUGCGAAUCCUAAUGACACGAUAACAAGAAUCUUAUAUCCAGGAAGUAGUCCUCAGAAGAAAAUAUUCGAAGGACUGGAUAGACUAAAACAACUAGAAUGCAUCAAGCAUCCCGUCUGUUCAGAAAAAUCUCUUUCUCCAGUUUCUAUUAUUAAAUCUAAACAAAAGGAAACGAUUUUAGAUAAAGUAGUACCAACUGAAAAACCUAAAGUUCCUUUAGAAAAGAAAGAAAAGCCAGAAAAAAUCCGUCAAGAAAACAAAUUAAUAGAAAAUAAUAUUAAAAAUGGCGACGUUAAUGGAGUAAUUCAGGAAAAGCCUGUAAGCGAAAAGGUCGUUAAAAAGUCUGAAUCAACUGAUAGUGAGAAAAGUGCAAAAGGUAAAAAACAAGAAGAAGCCAAACUCGUGGAAAAUGGAGAUAAACUUAAACAAAAGCCAAAAACUGAAAAUAAACCGCCUAAAGCUCGUGCCGAGUCUCAACAAAGAAGAAAACCUACAGAGAAAAAAGCUUCACCUACCACUCCUAAAAAAUCAGUUGACAAUAAAACGAAUGGUGAAGUUAAACCAAAGACUGUCAUGAAACCGUCACCCUCUGCAACACCAGCAAAAAGUACAAAAGAUGCAAACAAUCGUCGAGUAAUAGAAUCGAAAAAAGCAGCUCCUAAAAGAGAAUCUGCGCCAUCAAAACCGUCAGAAUCUAAACCGAAGGUAGAGAGAAAGCCCAUAUCGAGGCGACCGAAGGAAACUCCUAAAGCUCCAAUUAGUCCUGUAAAGAAAAUGAAUGGUGUUCACAAACCCGAUAGUAUAUCCAAGCGAGGUAAAUUGGACAAAGAGGGUACGACUGAUUCCAGUACCGUCAGCACGCCUUCUGCAGAUCAAGAAAGCAUUCUUAAAAAGGAUCUUUCAAAAUUAACACCUGAAGAAAUUCAACAAUUAAAAGCUAAAGAAUUAGCUGAUCUUAAGGAAGAACAGGAAGCAGUCAAGGAAAUCGAAGCGGUAUUCAAGAAAGGUGAAAAAAUCAAAGAUGAUGAGUCAUCCAAUCUAAGAAAAAUUAAAGACAUUUCUAUAGAUGACAAAAUGGAAACAGAAGAAUAUCUGAUUAUAGAAAAAGAAGAAAUCGAACAUGAUUCUCUGGAUGAGAAAGAUACCAAAGAAGACGAAACUCAAAAACUUGCGAGAGACAGUGAAGAAUCGGAGAAACAGAGAAAAUUAAGUGACGAAAGUGUAAAAAUCGCAGAAGAGAUUAAAGAAAUGUCCAACGAAAUUUCUAACGAAAAAAUAAAAGAAAUUACUAAAGAAGUAACUCAUAUAGUAGAAGAAGCUGCUGAUAUCGUUAAAUCUAAAGAAGCAUCGGAAAAAACACCGGAAGACAAACUUGAAGUAUCUGUCGACAAAAAGGAGUUGGAGGAUGAAGUUAAAGAAGUAGCUCAAGAAUCCCAACCGGAUGAAAAAUGCUCUGCAAAUAUCGAAUCUGGUGCAACAACAACUGCGCCAACAUUACCAGAAGAUGAAAGGAUACCACUAGAUGAUAUUAAAGAAGAUAAUGGACAGGUAGUUGAAGAAAAACAUAUCAAGGAAGAUACGAAAGAAAAAGAUAUUCCUGUGAUCCAAUUACCUCCAAAAUCAUUCGACAAUGUUAGUAAGUUACCGUCUGUAGUAGGAAUUAGAUUGGAUAAACAAGCUCAUAUUCGUGAUAUUGUUAAAACACCUGAUGAGGUUGCUGAUUUACCAGUACACGAAGAAGUCGAUAUUGCCCAAUAUAAUGAAUAUACACAUGAACUCAAAACAACUGAUAUUCCAGAGAAGACGCAAGAACCAGUGUCAAAAGAAUAUGUAGAUGCAAGAGUUAUGUCAGAUCAAGAAAAACUUAAAGCAUUAACUGAAAAUGUAAUUCAAAAUGAAGCUGCGAUGACUGUUGAUAUUUUAAGAGACAACGAAAAGGAGAUGUAUGGUGCACUUUCAAAAGAUAAAGAAAAUAUUGCACAGGAGGAGAAAGAAGUUUGUAAAAAGGAAUUAACAAAAUCUCCUGACGAAGAAAAAGAUAAAGAUGAACAUGAACAAGAUCAAGAGAAGCAAGUGGUUGAUUCGAAACUAAUUAGUGGUGGCAAAGUUAUUGAAGAUGAAACAACAGUUACACCUAUUCCUGAAGUUUUUAAGGAAGAAACAAAAGAACCAUCCAUCGAUGUGAAUAAAUUAAAAAAAAAAGAAGAACACCUAGGAGAAGAACAGCACAUUGAAAAAGCAGUUGGAGAAGAAAUUGAAAGAAAAGAAAUAAUACAAACCAAAGAGGAAGAGACAAGUAGUAAUGAAAUCAAAGAUGACAAAGAAAAGUCUGUUGAAGAGGAUAUUAAAAUAAAAGAAGAAAUAAUACAUACUAAAGAAAAAAUAGAAGACACCAAAGAAUUAAAAGAAACCAAAGAAAAACUCAAAGAAAAUGAGGAAUUAAUAGAAACCAAACAAGCAUUGGAAGACACCAAAGAUGAAUUAAAAAGUAAGGAAGAAAUAAUAGACACCAAAGAAGAAGUGAAAGUCCAAGAAGAAUUAAAAGUCACAGAAAAAAUAUUAGAUACCAAAGAAGAUGAGGGGCAGGAUCUAGAAAAGAAAGAAAAAGAUAGUGAUAAAAUAAAAGAUGGAGGUCACAUUGAAAAGACUAUUGAAGAAAAAAUUGAAAGAAAAGAAUCAGACGCCAAAGAAGAAUUAAAAACCACAGAAAAAAUAAUAGAAACUAGAGAAAGUGAGGAACAGGAUCUAGAAAAGAAAGAAAAAGAUACUGAUAAAAUAAAAGAUGAAAGUCACAUUGAGAAGGCUGUUGCAGAAGAAAUUGGAAAAAAAGAAUCAGAUACCAAAGCAGAAUUAAAAGCCGCAGAAAAAAUGAUAGAAACCAGAGAUGUUGAGAAACAGGAUUUAGAAAAGAAAGAAAAAGAUACUGAUAAAAUAAAAGAUGAAAGUCAUAUUGAAAAGGCUGUUGAAGAAAAAAUUGAAAAAAAAGAAUCAGACAUUAAAGAAGAAUUAAAAACCACAGAAAAAGUAAUAGAGACUAAAGAAGGUGAGGGGCAGGAUCUAGAUAAAAAAGAAAAAGAUAGUGAUAAAAUAAAGGAUGAAACUCACAUCGAAAAAGCUGUUGAAGAAGAAAGUAAGGAAUCAGACACCAAAGAAACCGUAAAGGAAAGCAAAGAAGAAUUCAAAAAAAAAGAAGAAUUAAUAGAAACCAAAAAAGAAAUUAAAGAGGAUUUAAAAACUAAAGAAGAAAUGGACACCAAAGAAGAAUUGAAAGAUGUAAAAGAAGACUUAAAAGAACACAAAGAGGAAAUAAAAGAAGCUGAACAAGAAACAAUGCAAACUGAACAAGUUAUAAAGGAACCAAUUGAAGAAGUUAAGGAGUCAUCAACUCAAUUAAUCACAGAAAAGUCUAGCGAAAUUCUUCCAGAUUCUGAAGUUAUGGAUUCAGAAAAUAAGUUAACUGGAGAAGUAUCUAAAACAGAAAAUCUUCAGAAGCUUGAUUCUAAAGAUUUACCCGAAAAACAAGAUUUAAUUCAAGACACCAAAGAAAUAGUAGAGACAGUAAAAGAUGAUGCACGAAAAGAGACUAUUAUAGAAAAAAGCGAUGAUAAACAAGUAACAACUGAAUUACCAGAUGAAAUUCUUGUUUCUAAAGAAAUUGAAAAAGAAUCUGUGAAAAAAGAAAAAGUUGAUGAAAAUCUUGAUAAAACAAAAUUAGAAGACAAUAAAGUAUCUAAUCAAGAAGAUACUAUUGAAAUAAAAGAUGAAAAGACGUCCCUUAAACUUGAUUUGAAUGCAGAACCCGAUAUUUCUAUACCAGUUAACGAUGAGGAAUAUGAGAGUGAUAGUGAGUCAAAAGAAACUAAGGCUGUCUUAUCCCCAGAACAUACAGUUGAACCAAAGGACGUAAUUGAAAAAAUGUCUAGCUACGCGCAAGAGUUAUCAAAAAUUGAAGAAAAAAUGCAAGAAUUGAAAGAAGCAUCUCAAAAUGGAGACAAAUCUGAAACUAUUAAAGUAGAUCAUAAAACUCAAGAAGAGAUUCUUCAUGCUGAACCUGUUUUUAUAUCUUCAGCGUCGACUCCUGAUACACCAAAGAUAAUAGAUCCCCUACAGGAAAUUGAUAAAACCGAGUUAGGGCGUAAAUCUCCAAAAGAGCGAGAAGAGGAUGUUAUCAAAAUAGUCACGAAAGUUGCAGAAGUGCUAAAAUCGGACGCACCUCUGGAAGAAUUUGAAGGAAAAAUUCCUUUAGGAGGAUAUCCCUACCAACCUGGUUAUACAACAGAACUGAGAGAGACUCAUAUAACCACAGUAGAAUCCCCUAUCAUCGAAAGCAAAGAAAUUAGUACUAUUCCUGAAGAACCAAUCUGUCCUAAAUCACAAACUGCAAGUUUCCUUGAAGAAGAAAAGAAAAUUAGUGUUAUUCCUGAAGCUGAAGAAAAAAUAGAAAAUGAACAAAAAAGAAGUAGUUUAAUCAAGGAAUCGCAGGAACUUAUGAUGGCAACGUCCAAAAUCAUAUCUGAUAUCAAGUCAAAAACGGAAGAUGUUGAAGAAAAGGUAGAUGAUGUAGAAGAAAAAGAAGAUGAAGAUUCGGGUACAGUACAUAGGAUGCUAGUAACAGCAUCUAGUGAAGAUGGCGGUGAGGAGAUUGAAAUUUGUCCUCCUGGUACUAUCACAUUUUCAAAAAGUUCUGAAAGUUCUGGUCGAUCUUCUCCAGAUAUUCAUUCACAGAAACAAUCACAAAAAUCUUCUCUUGUAGAAACCAUCUCUGAAUCUAUUGUAACAGUUCAAGAGGCUAAUGCCAUGCCUUCUGAAAAGGAUUCAUGCUUUGAUGAUCAAAAUAAGAGUGCUUCUCCUGUCGAAGAAAAAGACAUCAAGCAGAACAUUAAGGAUGCAUCAGAAAAAUCUCCUGAAUUAAAAGAUGAAAUAUUAGAUAGGAAAUCAUCUGUUACUGAUAAAGUUGAUGAAAAAAUAGACGUUACUACAAAAGAAAAAGCAGAUUUAAACAAGUCGUCCCCUGAAUCUUCGAAACUUUCAAGUGACACAGAAAAGCAAGACCAGACCUUAGGUGAUAAGAUCGAGACAACAAAAGAAUCUGAAAAUUUACAAGAACAUAAGAGUGCUUCUCCUGUCGAAGAAAAAGACAUUAUUAAGCAGGACACUAAGGAAGCAUCAGAAAAAUCUCCUGAAUUAAAAGAUGAAAUAUUAGAUAGAAAAUCAUUUGUUACUGAUAAAGUUGAUGAAAAAACUGACGUUAGUACAAAAGAAAAAGCGGAUUUAAACAAGUCGUCUCCUGAUACUUCGAAACUUUCAAGUGACACAGAAAAGCAAGACCAGACCUUAGAUGAUAAGAUCGAGACAACAAAAGAAUCUGAAAAUUUACCAGAACAGGACAUUAAAGUUUCUAAAAUAUUAUCCGGUAAAUCUUCUCCUGAUAUUAUUGAAUCCAAAGACACACCAAAGGAAUCUUUAACAACAGGAAAAACACCUGCCUUAAGUGACAAUGAAAAAGAUGUUAUAAUAAAAUCUGGUAAAUCUUCUCCGAAUCUUGUUAUUUCUAAAGAAGGUUCAAUAGAAAAGUUGGAUGAAGUAACUAAAGAUGAAAUAAAGCUUAAGGAAGAGUCAGACGACAAGACUUCGGUAUUACAUCAAGAUAAGUCAGAUAAUAUCUUACUGGAUCAUGAAAAGGGAAGUACUCAUGAUUCAGGAAAAUCGUCACCACUCUUUUCUAUCACUAAAGAUACUCCACAAGAACCAGAUCAUAUUACAGAUAAAUCUAUUCCCGAACUACCUGAAACCAAGAUAGGCACAACUGAAAUAACUUUAAAAGAAGAACUGGAUAAAACAUCAGAUUUGCCUGCCGACUUGAAACAAGUCGCUAAAACUGAUAUGCAAAAAGAUUCUCCCAGUGUCGAUUCAUCUGGAAAAACAUCACCAGAUAUUAAAAAAGAUAUUGUAUUUGGAACCCAUUCUCCAGAUAUUCAACACAAAGAUGAAGCAAAAGAUCAAUUAUCCGAUAAAUCAACAGCUAAAUUAGUAGAAAAAGUUGGAGAAGUUCCACAAGAUGAGAUCAAGGAGCCUACUCUUGUAGAUGGAAAAUUAUCACCUGAACAAGAUAAAGACUUAUCAGGUAAAUCAACACCCGAUAUCAAAAUUGAAACUUCCAAAUGUGAAGUAGUCGCAAAGGAUAUACUUGAUAAGUCCGGAAAAUCAACUCCUGUGGGUCUAGAUAUAGAAAAAGAAGAUCUAACAUUAAAACAAGAAUUGGAAAAAACUACAGAAAUGAAAACGAAAGAUGAACAGAGUAUAUUAACAUCUGAUCCGCAACUAAAAAGUAAUUUAUCUGAUUUGACAUCAGACAAAAAAGCAGCAGGGGAUCAUAAAGAUUUAUCUGGAAAAUCUACACCUGAUAUCAAAGAAGAUGUACAACAUUUAUCUGGAAAAAUUACGCCAGAAAUUAAAAGUGGUCUUGAUGAUGUAUCUGAUAAAAUGAAAGAUAGCCUUACUACAUCAAAAACUCCCUCGGGUAAAUCAACUCCUGAAAUAAAAGAUAUUGAUAUUAAAGAUGAUAUAAAAUUCUCUGGAAAAGCGGACGGAGAAACUAAAGAUACAACAGAAAAAGAUAUAGAUACUAAGGAAAUUAAGGAAGUAGACAAACUGUCUGAGAAAAGAGGAAGUGUUGUGGAAGAAGUCGAAGGAUUUUUCAGCAAAUUGGGAUCCACUAUAAAAUCGGCCUUUGAGGAUGUUAAAGAUGUAUUAGAUGUAGAAGAGAAACAUGAAGAUGGGUUUUCUAAAGACAGUAAAGAACAGGAUUUGAAAGAAGUUGGGGAUAAAGUUCCAGAAAAAAUUGUAAAAGAAAUAUUGCAAGAAAUGCCUAAGACAAUAUCGGAUAGUAAACCGACUCCAUCAAUUAAAUCAGAGGAGGAUAUAUUAAAGAACUUAGAAUCGAUGAUAGAAACAGACGAUUCUGAAGAAAAAAGUAAGGUAGCUUCUACAGGAAGCGAUAUUGAUAAAUCAAAAGCCGAAAUUGUUCCACAAAAAGUGGUAUCAAAACCUGCUGAAGCUGGAUUUGGUUUAUUCAACGUACUUGGAUCAGCAAUUACAGAUGUUUUUGAUAAAAUUGAGAAGACUGCUUCUGAUGUAAAGGAAGUGGUAUCACAUGAAACAAAAGAGCUAGAUGACAAAAUACAACAAGUCGUGACGAGUGCUGAAGAAAGUAAAACUAACAUUGAAGACUUCUUGGAUCGGAAGAAAUCUGAUAUUGAAUCUGCUUUGUCUGAAAAAGUAUCACAAUUCGAUUCCCAAAUUAAGGACACUGUCGAGAGUGCUACCGGUAAAUUGGAAGAAGUUGGUACCAAAAUUGAAAGUAAAAUUGAUGAUGUGAAAAAAGAUGUAACUGAAAAAGUUUCAGAAAUUGACUCUAAGAUUAAAGACACUGUCGAAAGUGCUACUGAUAAAUUAGAAGAUAUAUCUAUAAAAACAGAGACUAAAAUUGAUAGUGUUAAGAAGAAUGUGGAAAAAACUACUUCUGAUAUCACAGAUGCGUUAAAUAAAGAGAAAGAUCUUAUUGAAAGUAAAAUUUCUGAAAAAAUAUCAUAUGCUGAUGAUAAGAUUAAGGAUACGAUUGAUCAAAUUGAUUCAAAAAUUGAAGAUGUGAAAAAUGGUGCAGAAAAACUUCAAGACACUAUAAAACAAGAUCAAGUCAUUGUUGAGAAAAAAGUUACAGAAUUGGUUAGCGAAGGGGAAGAAAAACUUACUAAGGCUGCAGAUACAAUCUUAAAAGAAAAAGAUAGUGUAGAAGACAAAAUUGAAACUGCAGUAAAGGACACCGUUGACCUUAAAAAUAAGCUAAGUGAUUCAGUUCUAUCAUUAACAGAUGAAGCCGACAUCAAAAUAAAGAAAUCGGCUGAUAGUGUUGUUGAAAUAGUGGAUAAAUUAGACAGUAAAACUGACAAAAUCAAAGAAGAUGCAGCAAAAGCAACAGAAAGUGUCACAGACAUAAUAUUAACAGAAAAACUAGGAUUGGAGGAGAAAGUAGCUACCACACUUGAUAAUCUACAGGAGAAAACUAAAGAUGUUUCAGCAAAAUUAAAUGAUUCAAUUAAAGAUAAGGUUGAAGAAAUAGAUAGUGACUUUAAACAAAGUGAAAAGGGCAUAACCGGUCCCACUAAAGUUAUUGAAAAAGCUGCAAACAUUAUAACAUCAGUUGUUACAGAUGUGGAGUCUAAAGUUUCAGAUGUAAAAGGUAUUACUGGUCAAGAUGAAGCUAAUCUUGAUAAAACUCCCUGUGAUAAAAAGGCAGACAAAAUAGAUCAUUCAGAAAAAGAAGCUGAUGAUAUUAAAUCUGUUGUAGAAAGUAUUGAUCAUGGUUUGAAGAAGAACGUUGAUAUGGGUAGUCUGUCAAUUGAUUUAAAAGAAACCAAACCAGAAACUACUAAAACAUUCACAGAGUUGAGAGAUAUCGUCGAAAAAGAACAUGAAAAAGUCUCUGACAUUGUACUACCAUCUGUUUCAGACAUGUCCAAAAUAGUUAAUGGUAUUCAAUCUCCGUUAGACGACGUCAGAGAAUCUCAAAGCAAUAUCUGUGACCUUGAAAAUAAACUUAAAGGUACUUUGGAAAACACUGAUGAAUUAAUAAGUAAAGUUGGAGAUUGCAUAAAAACUCAAAUUGAUAGUAAAAAAGAAGAACUAGAACAAAAAGCAGUCGAUUUGAAAGAUUCGAUGGCUAAAACAACUGAAAACGUUCAAAGUCAAAUAGAAGGUGUAACAAAAUUAGUUGCAGAAAAAGUUGAUAGUAAGAUUGAAGACGUUAGUACAACCAUUGAUCAUGUUGCUAGCGGUAUCAAAGAUGACGCUUCUAAAAUUAAAGAUACAAUUGCAAAAGAAACUGAACAAAUUGAGAAAUCGGUUACUGAUACUGUCCACACUACAAUAGAAACAGCAGAUAAAAAAUUGAAGGAUGUCAAAGAUUCAAUUGAAUCGAAGAGGACUGAAAUUGAGGAAACUGUAUCUGAAAGAAUAUCGGAGGCUAAAGAUCAUGCUAAGGAUAAAAUUGAUCAGGCGGGAGGUUUCUUUAGUGGUUUAAUUUCUUCUGUUGAAAGUAAACUUGACGACAUCAAAAAGGGCUUUGACGAUGCAACAACUGGUCUGAAAGAUACAAUUUCUCAUGUUGAUGAGAAAGAAAAAGCGAUUGAUAAAAUUGACUCUUUAUUGGAAAAUAAUAUUGAUUUGGAGACUGGCGACUUAAAACUUAAAUCUGAUGAAACACUGGAAAAAGUAAAAUUAGAUGAAAAAGUAAAAGAACUUAAAGAUGAAUCUUCAAAAGACCAAAAAUGCGACGUAGGUGAUCAAAUAUUGGUAAAUGGCCAAGAAGAAGAUAAAGAAUCGAUAAAUAAAAUGUGCAUGGAUAAGCUUGAAUCUGUUUGUUCAAAAUUAGAUGAAAAAUUGGACGAGUCAAAGAAACCUAUUGAAGAAAAGACAAAGGAUUUUAUCACAACAUUGAGUGAUAAGACAUCACAAGUCGAAGAAGAAAUUGAAGGUGGUAUCAAAACUUCUUUGGAUAAAUGUGAAAAGGGAUUAACUGAUUUAUUAAAAAGUGUUGACAAGCUUGAGAAAAAGGCCGCUGAAUCCACCUCCAAAAUAGAUGAGGAAAUUAAAGAUAAAAUUAUCGAUGUUAAAAAGACGACUACUAAAUUUGAUGAGGCAAGUGAGAUGACCAAAUCGAUAUAUGGAGCAUUGGAGUCAGAAGCUGGUGAUAUUAAAAAAAUUGCUGAAGAAAAAACUGAUAAAGUAGAAAAAUCUGGUGAACAUUUAAUUGAAGAAGCGAAAGAUAUUGUUCAUUCAGUUGGAGAUAUGGCCAAAUCCAUAUUUACAUCCAAAUCUGAUGAAGCUGAAAAGACAAUAGAAAAAUCAGCUUCUGAUAUAGCUGAUGCCUUCGAUACCGUAACAGAUAUGUCAAAAUCUGUUAUAUUUGAAAAGUGUGGUGACUCCAAGAUACCUCCUAAGGAACUAGAAGAAGCGACGAAAAUGGUAGAAAAAUCUGCAGAUGAUUUAACAGAGACGUUUGAAAAAAUAACAGAUAUGUCCAAAUCUGUAAUUUUUGAUAAAUGUGAUAAAAAGGAAACUGUAGUGGAAAAGACUGCAAAAGAAUUAGCAGAUACAUUUGAUUCAAUAACUGACAUGUCUAAAUCAGUAAUUUUUGAGAAAUGUGAGAAGCCUGAAGAACCGAAGCCGGUCGAAGAGUCUUAUGAAAAAUGUGAUAAAUUUAAAGCAGGGGUAGCACCGUCUGUUGAUGAAUUGCAGAAGGAGAAAGUAGGUUUGUUAGAAUCAGAUAUUGUAAAUAAGAGUGAUUUAAAGACUGAAAAAUUAGAUGAUAAAGGAAUUGAAUGUAGUAAAGGUAAAAGUGAUGAACAUACAUUAGGCGUUGCACAAAAUGACGUUAAGAAACUAUCUAUAUCCGAUGUAGAAAUUUCAUUAGCUGAAAUGGAUCCGAAGAAAGUUAGUAAAGACUUACUCGAACAAGAACGACAAUUAUAUGAUGCUCUGGAGAGUGCACCUGGUUCAAGCACACAAACACUUCAACUUAGCAAAGGGUCGCCGCAGUUAAGUGGUAAAUCCACACCUGACAUGGCAGAACAUAAAACAGAUACACAUAUCCUUGGAGUUUCCACCCCACCUAUAGUGCCUGUAAGUCCUAGUGCAAGAGUUCCUUCACCAACAUCAAAAGUAGAAAGCAAGAAACCUACAAACGAAACUCUAUCAACAAUAAUGAAAGAAGUUGAUGUCCGAAGUUCAACACCCGGUAGUGAUGACUAUGAAGUAGUGUCAUCUAUCCACAGCGACAUUUCCUCAAGUCAGUUCUCCAAAGCUCCGUAUGCAUCUGAAAGUGAAAGAAUAGAGAGUGAUGAUGAUGAUGAUAUUCCCGGCUCUCCUUUAAGCAUAACAUCACAAGUAGCCCAUUCAAGAUCGUCGUCUCAUUACGAUUUUGAUGAGGAUACUAACAGAAUAUCUAAAAUAGAUCCGAUGAAUAUGUCGUUCUAUGGAGCAUUACCGGAUGACCCAGAGACAAGUGAUAUUGUGGAAUCUGAUGAUAAGAAAGCUGUUUCAGCUGACCUACUGCCAACCCAUCUAUUUGAAAUCACUAAAGCUAAAUUUACAAGCCAGGUGGAAGAUGAUAAAGUAGAUAGCAAUAAUCAAUUAGACCAAUUAAACAAAAAUGGGGCUUCCCAAUCUAGCAGUUUAAUGACGUCAAGUUUCAUGGGAACAGAAUUGCCUACUUCUGCAGAAAAACCCCAGGAAAAGGAUCCAAUUGGUUCAUGGGGCAAACCCUUAGGAUUACCCUCACCUGCUCCUCCCAAUGAAGAUAAAGGUACACCAAAGAAAGAAAAGAAAUUACCACCAAACGUAACAGCCAAAAAUAAAUUAAACGACGAUAAAAAGAGAUCCGAGUCUCCUUCCAAAUACAGAAAGAAACUAAAUCCUGUAUAUGUUGACUUAACCUAUGUUCCACAUCAUGGAAAUUCCUAUUAUUCCUAUGUGGAUUUCUUUAGGAGGAUCCGUGCCAGAUAUUACGUGUUCUCCGGAAUUGAACCAAGUAAGGAGGUGUACAACGCGUUACUGGAGGCCAAACAAACUUGGGAAGAUAAGGACUUAGAAGUCACAAUUAUCCCCACCUAUGACACUGAUAUCUUAGGAUAUUGGGUGGCAGAAAACGAGGAAUUGCUGACCAAAUACAAAAUUGAUUUGUCACCAUCCGCCAGCCGUUGCACUAUCAAUCUUCAAGAUCAUGAAACAUCAUGUUCAGCAUACCGUCUUGAAUUCUAAAUUAAAACUUUUUCGUUGCCAUUUCCUUUAAUAUAUUGUUUCAGCAAUAAAUAAAUAAUCAUCUUCCCAAAAAACAGAGGCUUUCCAGCCACAACGAAAUCCGGAAAACAUUGGAAUCAGAAAAUUUUCGAAACGUCCAUUUACAAUUUUACGCCAAGGUAUAUCUAAUAUCUUCCUUGUUAUUACCUCUUUAAUUAAAAUUAUUGUUAAACGGUCUUCAUAAAACCAAUUAACUCAAUUAAUUAGAUUAGAGAUGUAAUAGGUAGUCAACUAAAUCACACUUAAAUUUAGACUGGUUCGAGGAGAACAAAUUUAGGACAUUUUAAAUUUGAACAUUUAAUGUUGUUUAUGUGCAGUCUUCCUCAAUUAUUCUCGAACAGAAUUAUUGAUGAAAGAAUGUCGGUAAAAGUUUAUUGAGACGUAAACACGUAAAAUUAUGUGUAUAAAUACAAAUUUAGAAUAGAAUAAAAAAUGUGAGCUAUCGACAUCAAGGCUAGAGAUGCAAGAAAUAAUUAAAUAGUUUGCAUUAACUGAAACCAAUUUCCAUAGACAAUCUGUAUUUUAUAGUAGGCUCACCGAUAUUUUAAUAUGGAGUAAUAGAAAUUCGCAAACACCGCCUAGAAAUUUGUUACGUUCGUUGGAGUUAAUGCUCUCGACUAUGUAAUUAUUUCUGUUGCUUUAUAUGUAUUAACAAACCUUAUAUAUAUCUGAUGUGAUACCCCUAGUUUUUGUUAGCAUUAAUAGUUGAUAGUAACGGCGGUUAAAUGUACUGAGGCCGUGUUUAUUCAUUUAUUGCAUUUUAUACAGACACGCUUUUUUAGGAUCACUAUGCCAAAGAAAAGUCUUACGCUUCAUUUUCCUUCGUUUUGAGUUUAUGUGUUUUUGUGUAAAUCAUAUUUAUUAUAUUAGUAUUAGGUUUAUUUAUUGAUACAUCUAUUUAAUGGCCAAAAUAUUAGUCGUUUCAUGAUUUUUGUUUUUUAUUUCACUAGCGUUAUUUAUUGUUAUACUGGGGCCUAUAAGAUACGAAAUGCUUACGGUGUGAUUGGUAUUAUUAGCGUUUAUUGAAUUUUAUAGUAUUAUUUAGACCUAAGUGUUGUCGCUUUUUGAGUUCAGAUUAUUUGUUAUUUUCAGAUAGAGGAGGCUUGAUAAUGUAUUUUGGUAUAUAUUUAUUAAAAGCGCAGAAACAACUUGGUUUAAGCUUAUAAAUUCGUAUACGUGUUAGCUGUUUAUGGUAGUGGGGCCACAGAAUACGAACACUCGAAAUUCUCUGAACUCGAAAAUUGGACAAGUUAAUUGAGGCAAAAUUGAGCUUGUACUUAGUACACAAUAAAAGAUAUUGUUAACUAAAUAUGUAAGUAUGGUGCUAUCUGAGUAUGCCUUGAAGGUUUUUCUAAAAUUCUCGCGAAGUGCGUCAUCUGGAAAGUCGUGAAGAUAAAAUAAAAUUGAAUUCGGUAGAACUGUUAGAAAUAUAAUCAGUAUCAAUCAAUGUUUAUUUAUUUAAAUUGUCACUUAAGUGGUCGUUAGUAAUCUUCUUAUUAUUUUUUUUUUUCUUCUUUUGUUAAACGCACAUUAUAAUGAUUGAUUUUUACUGAAUUAUAUUAUGUGAGAGAGUCACUUUAUAUUUAUGUUGAAACAUAAGAAACAUCUAAUGUUACGUGCAGUUUCACUUUAAAUUAUCUAUAUAUUAAAGAAACAUAUAGCUUCUAGUCAAAAAUUUGAUCUUUUAGCUUAAAAUGUUAUAAAGUUACAUAUAUUCAAUCGCAAUUAAUGUAUGGGAUAUGUAUGAGAAAAAAAUAAAUUUUAAAAAUA